UCUUUUCUUCACUCAUUAAUGUAUGAAAAGUGAUAGCCCCUCUCACCUCUGUAUUUUUUAUAACAAAGACAUUUAAAGUUAACCCUACCCGCAGUAGAGCACAAAAUCACUUUUCUUUCAGACUACAUAUUGUCAACAUGUCUAAUCCACUCCUGAAAAUAUCUCGUCAAAAUGAAAAAACUUGGGCCUYGHUCCAUAGAAGGGUUGCUACAAUGYCUGUAGAUUAUUCUACGCUUUUCCCAGAGACAGUUUAUGAAUUCAUCGAGCAGAAGGCAAAAUCCAUGGGCUCUUCUGUAAGAUACUUCAUACCGUCACUUCUAACAGCCACAUCGUAUCUUCUCGCGACGAAAGAUUCACGUAUACAGAUUGGGAACCACCUGCAGCCAUUGAACCUCUACACGAUCUUCGUYGGCUAUCCUGGUACAGGGAAAUCGCCAGCUGUUGAGAGCAUUAUCGACGCUCUUGAAAGUAAUGAAUGUCUCUCAAAAGAGACAUUGCUGAGCUCCGCGACUUCGGCAGGAAUGAUUAACACUCUCGCCAAAAAAGAUCAGGCGUUCAUGGCAUCUCCAGAAGUGUUUAACAUUCUCAACAAACUCCUCAAGAACGAUGAUGACAGUUCUACUGGUGAUGUCCAACUCCUUUGCAAGUUGUGGAGCGGCGAAUCAUCUGCGUACCAUUUUGCCACUCAAGGAAUGCGUUCCAUCGACGCCAACACUCCCUUCUGCAUCCUUGGGGCAACCCAAAUACCUCAUGCUGCCACCAUGAUUCACAGGAUGGACAAAGGACAUGGUCUUCUUGACCGGUUUUUAAUUACCGUCCCUAUGGCUUAAAAGCCCACGCCACAGGAACAAAGUCAAGCCCUAUCAUAUCUACAGAACCUGCCUGUCAACGAUUUAAGACGAAUUUUUGCUGAAAUCAACGAAAGUCAUAUGAACAUUACCAGAACAUAUGCUUUAGACGCUAAUGCUACAACUCUUCACAGUGAACGACUCACUGAACAUGUCAACGAAGUGAACAACGCGAUCAGAAAUGGCGAAGUACCACCAAAGUCAAAGGGUUCUGAUCUCGAAGAAGAGAAUAGAUUUGGUUCCAAAUGUGGUAAACCUCAGGACAAAGACAACUUAAGCAUAAGUGGUGAGUUUCAUCUCUAG